AUGCUCAUCCUUCACAGGGUGCAUCUAGAGAUGCUUUACUCUAACCCUCUCAACCAAGUUGGGGUCCAUGGGCCUACGGACCUAAUGUUAGCCGAUCCACCAACUGGGGAUGUAGGUGGUACUGCAAAUAAUAUUGUGCUUCCAGAAACCACCAACAAUGAAGUAGGACAUCAGUUUGGGGACGUUGGUAUGAACCUCCUAGACACGUACAUGCAACCAACUGUAGGCAACACUUACAGUGGAAUUGACGAUGCGAUGUUUUUCUGGGAGGGACUCAUGUCUCAGGGAUAUCCGCCAGAGGAAAAAUUUUUUGUAUGCUCUCACCGGAAACUCGACACUUCUUCCACCGGAUCGUCUAGUGAUAUCUGCAUUAUGGCUGACUUUGAAUCUGAACAUGAUCUUGCUAUCUUACCAACACAGAGCCAUGGAACGGCCCAACUGCUGCCAUCGGAGGAGCGUGUUGAAAGAGAAGGUAUUAGCGAUGACUCGCCUAUCCAAACCACACCUCAGAUUAUCCAGAUACCAAAUCAGAAUGGAACGGCAGAACCCUUUUUAGGACUCACGUUAACGUGCGGACCUUUGCCUAGGACAAAUGAUCCAGUCGUUGGGAAUGCGGAUGGGGGAAAUUCAUCGGAGGGCAGUGGCCCCAGUCUUGGUGGGUUUUAG